GAUCUGAUGGACCCUGGUACUAAUGCCAGAGACAUACUCAAUGGGAAGCAUGAAAUCCGUUUGAAGAGAGGCUUCAUAGGAGUCGUGAAUCGUUCGCAAAAAGAUAUCGACGAUAGGAAAGACAUCCAGAAAGCCUUGUCCGACGAAAGCAAGUUCUUUACUGAGCACCCGGCGUACGGACCAGACAUGGCCUACAAGUUAGGCAUCAAAUAUCUUCAGGAGUACUUACAGUCAGAGCUGUCAAACCACAUCCUCCGACGACUGCCCCAAUCGAAGCCCAAAUUGGAGACCAAAUUGUCUGAAAUCAACGAAAGGUUGUCCGAAAUGGAGGUCCCGUUGACUGAAAAGACCAAAGAGACACAUUUGGCCCAAACUAAUGAGUCGUUUCGCCAGAGUUUCGACAGCGCAAUGGGAGGAAAGGUAUGUCGAGUGGACACCAAGAAGCUGAGUGGCGGCGCCCGCAUUAACGUUCUCAUGAACGACACGUUCGCCAAAGAAGUGGAUCACUUGUUUUACGACGAGACCCGCUUAGGUCGGGAGAUCGCCACAGCCAUUCUCAACGCUCCCGGGGCCAAGUUAGCACUUUUCAUACCUGAUGUUGCAUUCACCUCAUGUGUGGAGUCACAGAUCGAGCUAUUCCGUAUGCCAUCGCUAGCGGAUAUAUACUCCAAAUUAACCCUCGAUUCUGUUCGCGAGUCCAACAAAAAAUGUAAAAUCUUUGUCGAGCAUAUGGUGGCCACUGAAAAGUGCUAUAUAAAUACCAUCCACGAAGACUUCAAAAAAGUUACUGGAGAGUUGACAUCCAGUCUUAUAUCGGAUGUACAGCUGAAAGUCACGACACAAGCCAUUCAACAGAACUCAAAGUCCGAUAGGUUUUCAUACAAGAAGAAGGACUUCUGGUUUGUUCUGAAGGGCUCUACUCUGUCGUGGUUUACGGAUGAGACACACAAAGUCCAAAAGGGUUCAGUCGAUGUGAAGGGCUUUCAUUUGAAGUCGGAAACAGACUUUUCAUUGACUUUGGUUUUACCAAAAAAGAAACUAUUAAGUUUGGGAUCAAAUAGUGAACACGAAUUUGUGUUCAAUUCAAAAGAUAUGACACUGAAGUGGAAGGACUGGUUUGAGGGGGUGGGGGUUAAGGUGGACAAUGGGGGUCCAGCGGCUGACAACGAGUCUCUAUACAAAGACACAAAAUCGGAGUCCAAUCAAUCGUUGAGUCGUUACUCGCAAUCGAGUCAUAGUAUUAGUAGUCAUUCGUGCGAAGACAUGGCAUUCCCAGAUCACAUGCCGGGACAGGUAGAUGUGGUCAAGAAGUAUAUCGAUAGAUACGUUGUCAUACUUAAGACUAUUUUCAGGGAUCGUUUGCCCAAAUUGUGUCAAUUAGAGCUCAUAGACUCGACCUCCAAGUUCAUCGCAACCGAACUCCACGUCCGCCUCAGACAUCAGUUUCCGACAAUCGAUGAUAUCUUAGGCGAAGAUCCCGAUAAAGACGAGAGAAUUGAUUUGCAGAACCGGAAGCAGCACUAUAUCGAAGCCAUUGACAUAAUCGACAAGUUCUGCAAAAUGAAACUUUGA